UCUGGUUAAGUAGGCGAAGAAUUCACGCUUUUUUUCUCAAAUCUCAAUUACGAAUGAUUCUUCGAAUAAUAUCAUAAUUAUGUUUCAAAGAACAAUCGGCAAUGCUGUUUCUUAAUAUGUUGCCUUUAUGGAAGUCCUUCACCAUGUUACAUUUAUUAUUAUUGCUGAUGUGUACUUCACAUGUUUCACCUGGUGCAAAUGAUCUCCAUUUCUAUGAUGGCUCUUCAACGGCUGACAUCAUUGCUGGAGAUGUUUUCUUCGAGAUUGUGGAUCCUCCCGAGUUGGGCUACUCCUUUCGGAUUCGGCCAGCUAAAGAUUUUGGAGCUCCUUUUAAUCAGAGCUUUCACUUUGAAAAAGCCCGUUUAGUGCCAACUGUACCCAUUCAUAGUUGCUCAGAUAUUUUGAAUACUGAUGAGCUUACCGGCCAUAUUGCGUUGUCUGAGAGAGGUGAAUGUUCAUUCGUGUUCAAGACUGUGAAGGCCCAGCAGGCUGGCGCUAGAGCGAUAAUCAUCACGGAGUCCGUGGACAAGUGGGAGGACUCGAUGGACCAUCUCAUUGAAAUGGUGGAUGACAGGAUGGAUACAGAAGUAAAUAUCCCUGCAGGUUUCCUGCUCGGCCGCAGCGGCGCCACCAUCCUGCGAACGCUGCGCCGGCUCAAGAGGAACCACGCCAUCGUCAACCUGCCCGUCAAUAUGACGCACGUACCCAUUACCAAAAUUAACCAGCCUCCUUGGAUCGCGUGGUAAAACUAGUAAAGCUUUCUUUGUACAUAGUUUAAAGGUUACCUUUUAGUAAUUUAGAAGAAUGGAGAGUGGGAAAACCAGAUGACUUGGUUAUUAUGUCAUUUUACAACAUAUACAAUAUUAUGAAAUUCUCAAUACGAGAUUAAGCCCGACAUAGUUCUCUAUUUGUAUAGAUUACUAGCGACCCGCCCCGGCUUCGCACUGGUGCAAUGAUGAUGUAUUAUACAUAUAAACCUUCCUCUUGAAUCACUCUAUCUAUUAAAAAAACCGCAUAAAAACCCUUGCGUAGUUUUAAAGAUCUAAGCAUACAUAGGGACAGACAGACAGCAGGAAGCGACUUUGUUUUAUACUUUUGUAUAGAUAAAGUUAAAAUCAACGAGUAAUUAAACCAAUUGGUGUAGUCUUAAAAUAUCGUUUUUAGAAUUUGAUAGCUGAAGAAGAUAUUGCUGUACGGUCCCGUACAUUACGUGUUGCCUUGCGUUGUCAAUAGAGAAUAUUACGCGAAACUCUGCGCAGGGGGCGCCACUACCACAAUCUGAGGGUCUAUCGCACAACAAGAAAAUCGAAAUUUCGUUAUCUAACAUCUCUGUCACUCUUGCAUAUACGAGCGAUAAAGAGGCAGAAAGCGAAAUUUCGGAUUCGCGUUUCCCGGUAUGUCCUCUGUAAACAAACCAUCUUGGUGCAUCAAUGUCAUAUUUUAUUAUCUCUGAAGACUUGUCAAAAACUUGUUAACGGUACAAUAAACGGUCUAAACGGGCUAGUGCUGCACUCUGGUGGCAGAACAUUGCAGUAAUACUCCCUAUUGUUGACAUUUUGCAAUUCAGUUACUACAAAACAUAUGGCGUCGUAUAGCGCCAGCUAUGAAACUCUACAACUAUGAAAAUGGAAUAGGUUAAACUGUUCUUUUCUUGAUUAAUUUAUAAAAACCGGCCAUGUGCGAGUCGGACUCGCGCACGAAGGAUUACGUACCAUUAUCCAUUGUUUUUAGUAUUUGUUGUUAUAGCGGCAACAGAAAUACGUCAUCUGUGAAACUUUCAACGGACGGACAAUGAAGUCUUAGUACGGGACCCUAUUCCGUUUUUACCCUUUGGGUACGGAACCCUAAAGAGGUGAUGUGAUAGUUACCUACUAUGUGUUAUAAAGUAUACUAAAAACGUUUUGCUCAGAAUGAAUACUAAAAAUGUUUGACUAAGCAAUAAAGAAAAAGAUACUACAAUUGCAGUCCGCAGGAUUCUUUAAAUGAAAAUGAAAAUUUUACAUUUGUAAUUAUUACUAUUGUGUCACUUUAUGUACAAAUGGAAUGAUUUAAAAUCUUACAAGAUAAUUUUUACAAUGGAUUUAAACUGGAAUCUGGUGAGGUUAGUUCACCAAAAGUCUUAUACUUAUUUAUGGGAUAAAAAUUACAACCAGUUAUAAUUUACCAUCAAUAAAGUUUUAAUGAACUCGCACAAAUGAACCCAGUUUAUGCUCAAUUUAGAAAUGUAUGUAUGUUUGUGCCGUGUGCAUAUUUAACAGGCUUUGAAAGAAUUUGCUUGAAGAAGAAGAGUUGGGUUAGUUUUUCAAAUGUUUCGCUUGUCAAAUACUAAAGUCACUGUUUUCUAUUGGUAACUGUAACUACACAUUCCUUUAAUGUGGUUAUAGCACAAUCGGAAUCGGAUUAAGUCUCACCUCGAAAUCCUUCCAAAGAUAUGAAAUUUGGUGUGUAUAUUAAUUAAAGGUCUCUUUUUCAUAUCCACACUAUUUGACAUGUCUUAAGUCGCAGUCGAGUAAAAUGUUGAUAUUGGAGUAGAACGUGUACAAAUGUAUAGACAAAAGUGGAAUUCAUAUUCAUCCAAGUUUCAUAUUAAGAGAAUAUCCCCUGAAAGGGUAUAAGCGCUAAAUCUGGAUUCAGCUAUUAUUUUCUAUAACAAGAUGUAUUUUUUCCGCAAAGUUAUCUAGGACUUCUUUGUGUAGAAUUUAAUAAGCUUUAAUGUUGCCUUACACCAUAUUUUCAUAGAGAACGUAUAUUUAGAGUAAAACGCAAAUUUGUCCAGGAUGGUACACAUUUUCCAAGAUGGCUACGAUUCCUCGAGGUCCCCAAAUGUCAAAUAGUGUGGACAUGAAAAAGAGACCUUUAAUUAACAUACAUACUAAAUUUCAUAUCUUUGGAAGGAUUUUGAGGUGAGACUUAAUCUGAUUGUGCUAUUAAUUAAUAACAUUCCCUUAAAAUUAUAUUGUUCUUAUAACUAGAAAAUAAAUUGUAGAACAUCAACUUAAAAGAGAUCCUCUAAAUGAUAUUUUAAGAAUAACCUGCCAAAGAGUAAUUUAUUUGCAGCUAGAUCUUUUUCUUUUUACUACAUGCUUAUGAUAGUGCAGUUAAAAGAAAUAAAAUAACUAUAAGAAUAUAAAAAUUAUUUUACGAAAGAGAUGGAAAGGGUACAAAAACGUGUUGUUCCUUGUUAAGUGUAAUUAAGAUGUAAUUAAUUAUGUCGGGCAUUUACAAUGUACCUACAGUGUACACACCCCACACAACAAAUAUAAUAUAUUGUGUAUAUAAUAUAUGUAAUAUAAAAUAUAAUAUAUAUGACCUCCAUAAAGGCCACCCCACACUAGCGUCUAGUCAGAGCUAUGGAAAAUGGCGUCGCUGCGUAGUUGCGCCAGCGUAGACGCCGAAGCUCGGGAGACGCUAGUGUGGGGUGGCCCUUAGAAUAACCUGUGUUUGCUAGUCAAUAAUUUAUAUUAUUUGCGAUAUGCUAGCUACGAAAUGAUUUGUUAUUUAUUUAAUUAUUGUAACUUAUAAAUAUUGUAGGUCGAUUUUGGAAUGCAGGUGUAAAUAAGGACUUCCUCAGAUACAUUAGGAAAAAGAAAAUUUGAUCCAUACCAUAGCGUUGAUUUCCUCACUUUUUAAUCAACAGCCUUACGACGCAAGUCAUCGACAUGGUUAUUUUUAACAAUAAAAUUCAUCAUUAAUUCAAUGUCGAACCUUGACAAUUUAGCUUUUUGAUGUAUCUGAGUAAUGUCACAUCACAUUGAAAUAUUAUUACUACGUAUAGAACCGGCACAGAGAACCAGUAUUUUAAGCCAUGAGUUGCUGUCGGCCGACGACAAAUUAUGGAAGCGGAGCGUGAAUCGCGCGCGGGUGGUACAGGUUGCGAUUGCGACAAUUACAUUGUUUGGUAUGGCUUCUCUAUAGUAAUAAUAACUGAAUGAUACAUCAUUGAUUAAUAGACUCUGGCCACGCUAACCCUGCACAAACUUGGCAGUAAGAAUGCAUAUCCAUAUGUGGUAUUUCCUAUAAAAAGGGACCUUAUUGUCGAUGGCGCUUACGCUAUUAUAAACGAUGCUCUGAUAUAAAUACAAUGCCGCGCGACG